UGCAGAGAAUAGUAUGGCGUCGGCAAUGGAUAUUGACUCCAUAGACAAGCUGUAUUUUGAUUUCUAUAACAUUUACAGUCUAAUUAAAUAAGAGGGGGCGUUAUAAUGGACUACAAGGAAAUGCAUUUUUACAGUCCGUUUUCUUGAUCCCGGAUUCAUACCCACAACCCAUGUCCGAAGGACCCAGAGCUGCUUGGUCGAAGAGGGGUUGUGGGGACUCGCAUCGCCGAGAUCAAGGUAAACAUAAGCAGAGGAAAUGUGAGCAUUCCCUCACCGUGUUCUCUGUGAAGCCCGAGACUGUCCACCCGGGCCCAAAAAGGUGUGUGAUGUCGGGGGGGGACGUGGAGGUGUACCUGUCCCAGGUGCAUGAUGGGAGUGUGUCCUCAGGUUUCAGGGCGCUCUAUGAAGAGCGUCUCCUAUUGGACGUAACGCUGCUGAUUGAAGAACAUCACUUCCAGGCCCACAAAGCCCUUCUGGCGACCCAGAGUGACUACUUCCGAGUGAUGUUCACAGCGGACAUGCGUGAAAGAGACCAAGACAAGAUCCACAUGAAGGGCUUGACGGCAGCAGGGUUUGGCCAUGUGCUGAGAUUCAUGUACUACGGGUCUCUGGAGCUCAGCAUGCCCACCGUCCAGGAGAUACUGCAGGCAGCCAUGUACGUGCAGCUGACGGAGGCGGUGGAGUUCUGCUGCUCCUUCCUGCUGGCCAAGAUCUGCCUGGAGAACUGUGCCGAGGUCAUGCGCCUCCUGGAGGACUUCAGCGUGGGAGUGGAGGGAGUCCAGGAGCAGCUCGACAACUUCCUGCUGGAGAACUUUGUCCCUCUGAUGAGCAGACCCGACUUCCUGUCCUACCUCAGCCUGGAGAGACUGCAGGCGUACUUAGACAGUGACGCUCUGAGUCGCUUCCCGGAGAUCGAGCUGUAUGAGGCCGUGCAAGCCUGGCUCCGACACGACCGGCGGCGCUGGAGACACACGGACACCAUCGUCCAAUCCCUCCGCUUCUGUCUCAUGACCCCGGCCAACGUCUUCGAGAAGGUGAAGACCUCAGAGUUUUACCGUUACUCGCGGCAACUGCGACAGGACGUGGACCAGGCGCUGAGCUACUUCCACGACGUCAACGAGCAGCCUCUGGUGGAGACGCGCUCCAACCGCAUCCGCUCGGUGCGACCGCAGACCGCCGUGUUCAGGGGCAUGAUCGGACACAGCAUGGUGAACAGCAAGAUCCUGCUCCUGCACAGGCCCAAGGUGUGGUGGGAGCUGGAGGGACCCCAGGUGCCUCUAAGGCCAGACUGCCUGGCCAUCGUCAACAACUUUGCCUUCCUGCUCGGAGGGGAGGAGUUGGGCCCGGACGGGGAGUUCCACGCUUCCUCCAAAGUGUACCGCUACGACCCCCGUCAGAACUCCUGGCUCCGCAUGGCGGACAUGUCCGUGCCCAGAUCGGAGUUUGCCGUUGGUGUCAUUGGCAAGUUCAUCUACGCCGUCGCGGGUCGCACGCGCGACGAGACCUUCUAUUCCACGGAGCGCUACGACAUCACGGAGGACCGCUGGGAGUUUGUGGACCCGUACCCCGUCAACAAGUACGGCCACGAGGGAACGGUGCUCAACGGCAAGCUGUACAUCACCGGCGGCAUCACCUCCUCCUCCACCUCCAAGCAGGUGUGCGUGUUCGACCCCGGCCGGGAGGGGGGCGGCGGGGAGGGGGUGUGCGGGGGCGGAGCUGGGGCCGCAGACACACACAGGACACGGGCGGGCCGCAGCCCCCUCCUCCCCAGCACACACACCAACUGCUGGGAGAACAAGUCCAAGAUGAACUACGCCCGCUGCUUUCACAAGAUGAUCUCCCACAAUGGGAAGCUGUAUGUGUUUGGAGGUGUGUGCGUGAUCCUGAGGGCUUCCUUCGAGUCCCAAGGGUGCCCGUCCACCGAGGUGUACGACCCAGAGACAGACGAGUGGACCAUCCUGGCGUCCAUGCCCAUAGGGCGCAGCGGCCACGGGGUGGCCGUGCUGGACAGGCAGAUCAUGGUACUGGGGGGGCUGUGUUACAACGGCCACUACAGUGACUCCAUCCUCACCUUCGACCCGGAAGAGAACAAGUGGAAAGAGGACGAGUAUCCCAGGAUGCCUUGCAAACUGGACGGGUUGCAGGUGUGCAGUCUGCACUUUCCUGAGUACGUGCUGGAGCACGUCAGACGAUGCAGCUGAGGUCUGGUUUAAACACGCCUCCUUUUUUUUGCUCUAGGAACUCCCACUAAUAUGACUGAGUCCUCCCACUAAGUCUUGGGACUGUGGGUGGUAGGUGUUUACAGGUGUGAAACUAAUACUCGUAUGCUGACGCUUUUAAACUAGAGACCAGUGCUUAUUUGAGACAAAGAUGAAACAAUGCGCCAUAGUUUUCUGUCCGUAAUGAUGGAAUAAGGUUCUCUAGUGGUCCGUUGUGGUUGAUCCUUUUCAAAGAAAUACGCUUUGUCAGAAAAAAGGGAAAAAUGUGAGGGGGGGGGGGAGGUUUUCAUUCAGCAGAUUUAUUUUUAAUUUGUACGUGGACUACGGUCAGUUUCAUAUUUUACUGUAUUUAUUCUGUCUGAGAUCUAGCAGCUCUACUCUCCUAUAACUCCAUUAUAAUCGCCAAUGUGUUCAUGUUCGUGUGACGGAUCUCGUCUGUGUUCCCCACCCCGUGCCUGGGCUGGGGGAGCUGGAAUGUGUGAGUGUGGGUGUUUGCCAACAUGGAUGUAUGUGGGUGUGCGCACCCGUGCAGCUGAAUGACGCAUGUCAUGAACUGAGAGAAGAAGAAGACAAAAAUACACUACUGGUUGUGUGAGGGCUUCUUAGUCCAAUACUGAUGUUGACGAUGUCACAAUUGCAUUGUAAUGCUGUUCCGCUGCUGAGUGCCAGUCAGAGAUGAAAGGUCAGGGGUCAUUCACUGUUAAAGAGGACCCUUGACACCGAAUGGCUACUUUUAUUUAUGUUUCUCAUGCUUUUCUCACUCCUUAGGCUUUGGAUGUGGCUCCAUGGGUAUGUUUUGUAGCAGGAUCCAUCCAUUGGGAUACGUUUCCUGGAUAGUCUGUAAGAAUAUACAGCUUAAUUGACCACAUCUCUAGCUGGUUAUACCUUUAGAUAAGUGUCUGGACCUAGUCAAGGCUCUGGCUCUCUUCCUCUUUUUAUAUGUGCAACUACGAAAAGGGCUAAAGCACAUACGAAUGCAGUUCAGUCAGCAAUGUUUUGAUUCUCAACAGCUUCCUGUCACUGUGCAUGUGUCACCAUGCAGCUUUGUAGAUCAUUCAGACUUUAGAGUGCUUUGAAAGAGGAACAUCGUGUAUUUAUGCGCUUUAAAACAUUUUACUCUCCCACCGUCAUGCUUCCCUCUCUUCCCCAAGUCCGCACCAAUUCAGCAAUAUCGAGAGAGAAGCUGAUCUUACUGUCAUCCCUCCUGCCAAAGCUCAUCAAACCAGCGAUGCAGUGUUCACACGGUUGCGUUUAAACAUGCAGAUCUCUGUGGUGAAAUGAAAUAGUUGACUGGUUCAAGUACUGUACCAUGUAGAAUCCUCAGCUGUAAGGCUACCGUAAUGUUUGAUCACGGGUAGUAGCUUGUUAUCUGACGUGCUGCAUUGAUAUGGCAAAGGCAGGUAGAGUAGAGAAUAACCAGCGGGCCCAUCUUCUGUCUCCACGGUGUCAUUGUUUAUUUGUCUGAAUUACAGUCUAUAUAUACCAUUAACUAUAAUAUAUGCCAAAAUUCAAGUCUUCAAACUGCUUCUUAUGCAGCUCAAACUGUGUAUGCUAUACUACUGUUAUUUUUGUUGAGGGCACGGCUUGUCAUAGCUCAGCAUUUUUAAUUCCACUCAUCACCCUUCCGUAUUUCAGUAGGUUAAAAUAAUAGGUUAGGCUCUCGAGGAUAAAACAAAACCCUGUACGCUGAAAAAAAUGAAAUGAAACGUAUAAUCUGAGUAGCCACUAUUUGGAACAGUUUGUAAUUUCUUGAAGGAAAUAAAUGUUCAUACAGCUUUCCA